AUGGGCGGAGACGUGAAUGAGGAAGGUGUGAAAGACACCGUAAUAGGUAACAAUGGCAGCCGCGGUAGAGGCGGCAGUAGAGGCGGCAGUAAAGGCGAAAGUAGAGGCGGCAGUAGAGGCGGAAGUAAAGGCGGAAGUAGAGGCGGCAGUAGAGGCGGAAGUAAAGGCGGAAGUAGAGGCGGCAGUAGAGGCGGAAGUAAAGGUGGCAGUGAGCAGGGCAGUAUCAACAGUAGUAACAACAGCAGUAACAACCGCAGUAUCAACAGCAGUAACAACCGCAGUAUCAACAGCAGUAACACCAGCAGUAUCAACAGCAGUAUCAACAGCAGUAACAACCGCAGUAUCAACAGCAGUAACACCAGCAGUAUCAACAGCAGUAACACCAGCAGUAUCAACAGCAGUAACAACAGCAGUAACAACCGCAGUAUCAACAGCAGUAACACCAGCAGUAUCAACAGCAGUAUCAACAGCAGUAAAAAUAGCAGUAUCAACAGCAGUAACAGCAGUGCCAGGCGCAGUUGCAACAAAGUGGACGCGAACUCUUCCAGCGAUACGCGCUCCCCAAAUUGCAGCGGCGGAGACUUUUCCGGCCCAAGAAACGAAUUCGACAUGCACAAUACGGGUCAGGAAAUUUGCGGAAAAAAACAAAAAGACAAUAUAAAAUUCACGCAGGUAAAUAAUCCCCACUGGAAUUACGACCACCAAGUAGUUAGACAGAGCUACGACGCACUUACAUCUAAUGAACUGAGUGCGAGGAACGCAAAUAUGUGUUUCUCAAAUAAUAGCGCUAUGAAUUACCAACUACCAAUGCGUGAUGGUAAUAACAAUUUAAUAAGGCCAAAUAGUGUGGGUUACUCAGAAUAUAAUACGCUAAAUUCUAACCAUGUCUACAAUAUGAAUAGGGUCUACAUUGAAGGAAAUCCAUUCGCCAUUAAGACAAGCACAACAGACAAUAAUUUACUAAACAUGAAUUCUGCUUAUUUUAAUAAUGCAAUGAAAUGUUCCGAUUACCACAAUUAUAAUAAUUGCAUAUAUAAUACGGGCAUGCUAAACACGAGCACAUCAGAAAAUCAGAAAAAUUAUUCCAACAACUCAAGUCCGUAUAAAAACGAUUACUUCAAGUAUAACCUGCAGUCUGUGAAUUCUAUACAUAAUAAUCUAAAUUUUUCUAACAUAUCUAAUUCUAAUAAUAUGAACUACAACGUGUUUAAUAGCAACAUAACCACCCCCGCUUUAGAUGCAAUGCAUUAUAACCCCAUAAACAACUCGUGCAAUGUGAAGUACACAUCUAACGUGUUCGAUUCUACUCCAAUAAAAAAUACCAACAAUGCCAACAAUGCCAACUUGCCCAGGGCGAAGGAUCUCAACUUUAACCACUCCAACAAGGUAUUUUUGCAAGACUCUGAUUUGUCUAAUCAUUCCUAUAGAAAUUUAAAAAAUGAAAAUUUGUCGCCCAACUAUCCCACUCCCGUGUGUAAGGUAGUCUCAAUCGAGGACCCUUCUAUAUGCCUUUCGAAUAGUCGUAGUAAACGCCCAAAUAAAAACCUUUUAAAAACGAAUGUUUUAAAUAGCACCGAUUUUGGCGUGGCGAAGGAAGAGAUCAAUGCGCCAGUUUUUGCGGAACCGGGAGUCGCUGGCAACGAUAGGGCGAAGUUGCUAACUCGGGGAGUUCACAGUUGUGAAGAAGUGCUGUCACGGGGAAGUGCAGAAAAAAUAGAGCCAGUGGAAAGGGCAGAUCGAGCGGAAAAAACAGAGCGCGGCCACAAGUACGACCAUAAUCACGACCACAAGCACGAUCACAAGCAUGACCACAAUGACGACCAUAAUGACGACGUUGGCAUGGGGAGAGGCAAACAGCACGGCAAGAAAAAGAAAAAUGCACACCUAAUGGGAAACCAUUCAAACACUCGAAAUAAAAAACAUAAAAGCGGAGGAAAUUCACCAAGUACAAAUGUUGCAAGUGGAAAAUCAAAAGGAAAGUCCUCUGAUGAAGACAUAGAGGCCUACAGCAGGGAGGAUAAAUCAAGGGAAAAAUGCAACACAAAUGAACGGGAAAAAGAUCCAAGGGAGGAAAACUUCGCAGUAACCAUAACGAAAAAUCCAAAGAGUGGAAGAAGUGUAACAAAUGAAAAUGAACAAUUUAAGGGUGAGCAGCAAAAUUUCAAUUGUAUAGAAGAUACACACGAAGGUAGUUACAAAAAGGGAGAAAGAGAAGUCCCCUCCAAGGGAAGCAGUAAAAAUCAAAUAGUUGUGCACAAAAGAAAUAGCCAAGUUCUCACAAAGAUAAUGAAUUUCCAUGGUUCGGAUGAAGAUAUAAAAAAUGAUGCGACCCCCCAUGAAAAGAAACAUACCACAGAGCACACAAACGGUGAAGAAUUCCCCGACAUUGUUAAAACCAAUACGAUAAAAGAUAGGCUGAGAUCACGCACAGCAAAAGAUCAGGCAGAAAAAAAUAAACCCUUAAAUGACAGUGCAAAUGGGAAAAAUUUGUCGAAAUAUGACUUCCUCAUGAAUCGAAAUGUUGCUUUUAAUAAUGUUCCCAUAGAAAAUAAAAAAGAAGGGAAAAAAAAAGCAACCUCGCCGAAAAAUCGUGAAGGAAAAUGCACCAAUUCGGCACAAGUGCAAAACGAUAAUAUGACGGAAAAAAAAAGGAAGCUUAAAGACAUCAGCCAAGAAAAAGCUGACUCAAAAGGUGAGCCAGUCGAGGAAGUGGAGAGCAAAGAGGACAAAAAAAAGAAAAAACUGAAAAUAUUGAAAACGAAUGAGGAUUCAGAGGAUCAAAAAAGUCCCGAUGAUCUUAGCAGUGCAGUUAUCACGAAUGGCAAUAACCAUGAAGACAAACGGAAGGGAAAAACUCGCCAAGACCAAACACAUACUUCUAAUGCCAACGCGUGGGGAAGUACAAAUUGUGCUAAAGAACCAAAAGGGGAUGUAGUCAAAGGGGAGGAUCUCUCUCCAAAGAUGCAAAAUGACAAAAAAAAAGAUACAGGUGCGUCCAAGGUGGAAAAUCUCCAAAAGGAUGAUAAAAAAACGGAACAAGCAAAAACAAGUGAAAAAGGGAAGAAGGCCAAAAAGGGUGAAGAAGCCCAAAAUGAAGAACUCCUUCUAGCAGUGGAAGCUACAGUACUCCAUAAAAUGAAAGAAAAAAGCAGUUUAGGGGGAACGGACACAAAGGAACCAAGCCAAGUAACGCUCGAAACGGAAGAGGCUGGAACCGGAGAAGGUAAUCUGGACAAGGGAGACAAUAACGAGGCGUCUUUGCAAGGGAAACUUUCACAAAAGAGGACAACUCCUUUGGGGGAAAAAAACUCCAUUAAAGAGAACGAUAGAGAAAUUUGCAGUAAUGAAGAUGGCAACGCAGAAAGGGGUCUUCCUCAGGAGGAACUUCCACUGAGGGAAACCUCCAAAGCGAAAGGACUUAACAGAGGAGCGGGCAAAUCGGGCAGUCCUGCAUGCCGAGAAAAGAAAAAAAAAUCCCCAAGGAACAACCCGAUCAGGGGUAAAUGCGAAGUGGUUGCAAACGGGGAGGAAGCGGUCGCGAAGGAAGAGGGAGCAGUGUUAGCCAGCAUACAGAAAAACGACUUAGUGGACGCAGUAGAGGCAGUAGUUGCAGUAGAUGCAGGAGUUGCAGUAGACGCAGGAGAGGGGCACAAAAGAAACGAAGCCGGGAUGGCAAAAGAGGAACCAAAAAGUUGCAGGCGGGGUAGCAAAAAAAACAGCCCCAGGGGUGAGGAAAGGAAAGGACGAAUAGAGGAAACCCCGGAGGUUAAACCAAACGAAUGUGAUGCACACCCCGCAGAGGACGCUCCAGAAAACGUAGAGAUGCCGAAUAUUGUGCAUGAGGAGGAAAAAGAACAACUGAACGAUGAAAACGUAAAUGCAGUAGAGCUGAAUGAAAACAUAAAUGCAGUAGAGCUGAAUGAAAACAUAAAUGCAGUAGACCUCAAUGGAAACGUAAUUGAAGGGGGCAACUAUAAUAUUACGCCGUCGCUGAUUUACCCCAAUGAUCCUAGAAAUGAACUUGAAAAUAAUAAAAACGAAAAAAGCGUGAAAGACUCAGAGAAAAAUGAGGACAGCUAUUCGGAAUGUGAAAGUGCAAAGAUAUAUUGGCCAAACUUGGGCUACGUCAGCUACGUAGAUAACUUAGUCGGGAAGGGUUCCUACGGAAGCGUCAGGAAGGCUUUGUACAACAUUGAAAAUAACAAAAAGGAUUUAAAAUUUUACAUUGACAAGAUAAAAAGUCCAGAAUUUGUACGCCUGUUAAUGGAGUGGUGUACGCAGAACAAGUUGGAACGCGAUGACGAAAAAGGCGCAGCAGAGGUAGACGAUGAGGUGGCCCACAGUAACAUCGCCACCAGUUUGAUUACGAGGAGACCCAAUUCGCUUACCCUAAAUAAUGGAAGCCCCCAAAUUAGUGACGCAAUGGAGGUGAGAAGGGAUACCCAAAACGAUAGCCCAAAUUCUCAGGAGAACAAACGAAACGAACCGGGCAAUGUGCCAGAGCCCAUUUUAGAAGUACCUGCAAAAGGAAAACACUGCCCUUGCCUCUACCGCAGAGGACACGUCCAGCUAGCCAUAAAAGAAAUAGACGUCAAUCGAAAAGGAAAUGAAUUUCAAUUCGUGAGAGAACAAGAACUGAUGUGCCACUUCCACAGCAACGUCAUCAAACCUUUAAGCACACAAUGUGGAGACUUAAAGGAAAAUCAGAAUUACGAAAUAUUAAUGCACUGUGCUAAUGGGGACUUGAGAAAAUUACUUCAAAAUUUAAUAUUGCACAGAAAAAAAGAAUAUGAAAAAAGAAAAAAAGUUAACAAAAUCCUGAAACUGAUACAUAUCCUCUUUGGGAACAAAUACAAAUGCUACAAAGAUGAAUCUACAAAGGAGUAUACUUGCAUAGGCAGAUGCUAUCAAAAGUUAAAAAAUAUGAAAAUGAAGUUAAAUAACGGCGUAGUAGAGGUAGACUGCCCCAUACUAGACUUGAUAUAUGACAAUAUGAAGUCGUACAAUUGUGGGCUAACCGAAUCGGAAUGUAAAUUCCUCUUCUUUCAGAUAGCAAACGGGAUCAGCUUCCUCCAGACAUGCUACCAAUCUAACAUAAUACGCUUAACAGACAUUAAACUGCAAAACAUUUUGGUGUAUACAAAUGCUCAUAACAUUUUUAACCCCUUCAAGUGGCAUUUGUGCAUUUCAGAUUUUGGCUGUUCUGCAAUGGAAUACGCAACUUAUCACUUGGAAAAUAUGAAAGGACACACAGAAACAUACAAGCGCUCCGUAAGCCAAUGGAAACAUCAGCUGAUUAACCAACUCUCUUCGUACUUCCAAGGAACAGUUUACACCAUGGCACCUGAAGGGUUAUGCUAUGACCACAAGGGGAAUUUUAGAAAUUCUAAAUAUAACAGCUUGAUUCAUUUUUACGAGCAACAUUUUGGAAACAUCGACGUCAGAUUUGAACAGCUUCAGCGAUCCGUAAGUGGGGCCUUGGGCAAUAUAAGAAACGAAAAACUGCUUAACAUAAACUCGAGUAAAAACUUUGUUUACAAUGAUGUGCUGGCAAUACAGGACAAGCAAGCAGUGCCCCAGGGAAAUCCCGAUGGUGCUAAAUAUGCUGAGGGAGGAAGGAAUGCACCCGGUGAGAGGGACCCUUCACAGAAGAAAGAGCCACCCUCGCAAAGAGGCUACGCUGAGCGGGCGGGCCAAACGCGGGGACAAACGCUGGGACAAUCGCGGGGACAAUCGCGGGGACAAAUGCAAGGAAAUAACGACCCUAAUGAAAGCAACAAAAAGACGAACAACGCCCCAACGGAAUACUUCCCCUUCGAUGUCAGAUGCGACAGCUGGUCCCUAGGCAUCAUCCUAGCCGAUUUGGGGAAAUGCGGAAUCGGCUCCUACGAUCAUAUAGUAUCAGAAAAGGCCAACGAAGGCCACAAUAACUGUUUGGCCAAGAGCAAAACGUUGGACCUAAAUGGUGUAAUACUGGAGAACUUGAAUUUCUCAAAGGGUGAAGAACUUUUUUACCUCAACUUCAUAAUGCGCUACUACAACAUUGUCAGCUUGGAGUGGGACGAUGAAUAUUUAGAGAAUAAGGAGAGCCCCGAGGAAGAGGGCAAAAAUGACAAAGGGGGCGACUCCAAGCGAGAGACCACCCCAAAGCAGGGGAAUAGCAUCGCCGUGUGCAACGCCGUGCACAGGGCGUUGGAGGACUUGGACCAAUUUGACAACCUGGACAAAAUGGACAACCUGGACAAAUUGGGCAACCUGGACAAAAUGGACGUGGACAACCUGCCCAACCUGCACAACCACCCUUGCGACAACGCCGCAGGGCGGGACGUGCACCAAUGCGAAGGCAACCGAAGGGGCCGAAGACGCAGCAGCAGGCGCUCAGCAGGCAGAACCAGCAGCACUAGGAAGCAUUCCAGAGGCGCCAAAAAGGAAGAAAUCAAACUUGAGGAUAAUCUAAACGGUCUUUCAAAGCCAAGUAAAAGCAACCCCGCCUUGGAAACAAAUGACCCCAAGAAUGAAGAAGAAAAGAAUCAAAUCGAGGGGAACAAUUUGGAACACAAUAAGGAAAACCCAAAAAAUGAUGAAAUCAAAUUUGAAAACCUAGAGUUGUUUACAAGAAAUUAUAAAAAAUUCAUCAUAAAAUAUAGAAAUCUCGUAAAAACAGAGAAACUUGAAAAUUUAAAAUGUGAAUUUAUAAAAUAUUACAAGGCGAAUAAACAUUUGAUAACUCCAGAAAGUAUAGACAAGGAAAUGCUAUUCUUAUUUCUGAUAAUUAAUAACAACCUGACAUACUGCUACUCCCAAGAGUAUGAGCUCUUCUUCCGAAACGAGCUGACCAUUAAGAACAUCGGCUCAGGCAUCUUCAAAUUUAGGAACAAAAAAGAAAAAGAAAAAUAUCUCAUAGACUUUAAGGCCAACCUGCAAAAGGAACACAUGAAUGGAAACAAGGAGUACUGGCAUAGCCGAUUGACCAAUAAAUAUUUGGCUUAUAUUUUAAAAGAUGUAUGCCACAAAAAUUUUUAUGAUAGAAAAAAAAAUAUAAAAAAAUGUUUCAGCAAAUUUGAGUACCCCAUGAAUUAUAGUGAUGACUACUGGAAUUUAUUGACCGAUCUUUUGAAUUAUGUUCCCUACCAGAGAUUGCUAGCCUGUGAAGUCAUUGGCCACGAUUUUUUCUCAGACCCGCGCGAAAAAAUUAAACACAUCUUAGCUAUCGCAGGCGAUGCCCCUCCGAGAAAUGUUACUCCAGGUAAUGCUCCUUCAAACGAAGCCAUCGCAACUGAGGCCAUCGCAACCGAGGCCGCCGCAGACUUGUUCGCCCACGAGGAGUUGAUGUAUACCAUAUCGAAGAAUUACGUCGAAGAAAAGAAGGAGGACACACACAUCUGCAAACCUUUUCUGGGAAAACCCGAAGGGGAAACUGCAAGAAAGGCCAGCAGAUCCACCAUGGGAGACAACUUUCUUCAGUUGCAAGCAAACAAAGAGACUUUACUCAACUGUGUAGCAAAGUCUGUAGACAGACGAGUCAGUGGAGGAAGGGACCUGUCAAAAGUGAGUUUGCCGGUGGGAAAUUUAAGGAGCGUCAAUCAGAUAAAGAAAUAUGUGAAGUUCCUGUACGGCACCGUCAUUGAGCAAUUGAAAAACGGGAGCGAUUUUUGCGACAACGUAAAUGACUGUCUGAAUUACAGAAACAUUUUUGAGAAGAUCGACAAGCUGGAAGCCUACCUUUUAACGAUCGCAGAAAGGGUCCAAGGUGUGAGCAGUAUACCGGGAGUAAGUAGAUCUAUAAGAAGUGGGCCUAUAAGAAAUUUGCCUGUAAUAAGUUUGCCUGCAAUGAGUGAACAAAUUUGGCGCCCACAAACCGUCUGCAACAAUGUGUAUUAUUUCCUAAAGGAAGCGUCCAUUUUUUCCGAGCUCGCAAAUUUAGACAUAUUCACGAAGGGGCACCUACCAUUCGAACAUCUGUGGCUGCCCAUGUGCGAUGAAAAAACCGACAAGGAUAAAUUACAAGCGAACUUCUCCUACAAGCCAAUUUACUUUUAUUCCUUCCCAUACAAAAUUAUACACGCGUGGUAUACGGGCCCCCUGCACACCUACUUGAAGCACACAGGCAUUCCUGAUUACAUAAACUCCAUAUGUUUAAGAGAAUCGUAUACUUUAAGAAGGAAAGAAACUAUCUUUUGGCAGCGCGAAAAUAUCGUUAUGGAAAGUGCAAUGAAACUUAAGCGGCUUUUAAACUGCUCCAAUGAAUUCCUCUGCACCCCCUAUGUGUCCCAUAUAAUAGGAAAGCAUUUGCUAAUUAGGAAGCAGUACCUUUUAAAAAAUGUUGAUAAAAAGAAAAAGGCCUAA